GGAGCUACAGGUCUAAGAGUCUAUAGGCAGCAUGGAUGUCAGAUACAAUCAGGAAGGAGAGACAAGCAUUGUCAUGAAGAACGGACAUCAGGAGGGGAAUGACAGCAAGGAAUCCCAAGGAAAUCUUUCAAAAUCCUUCCUGAAGGAGCAGCAGGAGGCUUUCUCAGCUUCUGGGUCUUCAGAAAACUGUGAAAAAAAUAAAGCUAACUCGGCAGACCCAGACUACUGCAGGAGAAUACUAGUUAGAGAUGCCAAAGGGUCGAUCAGAGAGAUUAUUCUGCCAAAGGGUUUGGACUUGGACCGACCCAAGCGCACCAGAACCUCCUUCACAGCGGAGCAGCUGUACAGGCUCGAGGUGGAGUUCCAGCGGUGUCAGUACGUGGUGGGGAGAGAGCGCACUGAGCUGGCCAGGCAGCUCAAUCUGUCUGAAACGCAGGUAAAGGUUUGGUUUCAGAACAGGCGAACCAAGCAGAAGAAGGACCAAGGCAAGGACUCUGAGUUGAGAUCGGUGGUUUCAGAAACGGCCGCCACCUGCAGCGUUCUGAGGUUGCUGGAACAGGGUCGCUUGCUGCCUCCCCCAGGGUUGCCUGGACUUCUCCCCCACUGCACCAGCACUGUCCUGGGAUCGGCAUUGAGAGGCCCUUCCACCACCAAUAACGGUACCCACUCCACUGCCUCAGGGACCGUAGGGAGCUCACCACUGCCGGCAGUGACCACCUCGGGGGCUCCGGGACUGCCCAACUCCUUACCUGGCCAUGGGCUCUUCAACUUCCACAUGCCCUCCCUCCUUGGCUCUGUGACCAGCCGGUUCACCUCAAACCCCUUGUCCGUGGCCGGGUCCCUGGCAGGAAACUUGCAGGAACUGUCAGCCAGAUACCUGAGCUCUUCCGCCUUUGAGCCCUACUCCAGGACCAACAGUAAAGAAGCGCUGGACAAAAAAGUGCUGGACUGAUCCCCUCUUCUCCUCCUCUCUGUUUGUUAUUGUCGAUUCCUUCAAGGGAUCACUAAAAUAUUGCCUUUUCACAUCACAAAAGGAUUAUUCAGACAUUAAUAUUUUCAGAUGGUAGGUUGUAUGCCAGAUGUGUCCUCGCCAGGCUUGAUACCUAAACAUGUGGUAUCAUUUUGUUGAAAUAACUAAAUGCAUUACCAAUUUGUUACCAC